AUGGUCUACUACGCUUAUGCCAAAAACAGCAACGAUGAUUGGUCCUGGCGAUAUGUUAUCGUUGCACCAAGCCUGCAUACCCUAAACCAGUGGUACAACGCUGUUCAGGAUAAAGUCGCUGAUAACGUGCUUCAAAGGGUCGAUGAUGAUUUCUAUGUCUUUGACAGAAACAAGCUCAAUCUUGGAAGAAGCACCGCAGAUGGCCACGAAGCCCCACGGUUCAUGAACAAAAUUAUCUUCCAGUUGCUCUCUGACAAUGAGGGCAGAAAUCUUACUUCAUUCGUCAAUGCCACUAUUCAUUGA